GCUUAAAAUAAAGACACAUUACCAAAGCUCUCCUCUUAUCGAAUCCCUGCUCUGAUCUCUUUCUCCUCCUUCUUUCUUCUGAUCUUCUUCUCCUCUGCCAUGUCUGAAGACCUAAGAGACUUGUACUACCACCACCCAUUUCAAGAAGAUGAGAGAUCGCACGCCGGCUUUCUGUUCUCCGGCGCCGCCGCCACCUCACAGAUUCACAACACUACUACUACUAAUAACCCUCAUCACGCUUUUCUUGAUCCACCUUCUUCAUACAUGAGCUUCACUGACCACUUGAUCGGGGCCACUGAGUUUGGGAGACCCGGUGGUUUCGGGUUCUCGUCCUCCGCCGACGCGGCGGCGUUUUCUGCAGUGAAAGAUGAGCAGAAACCUUCGAUAAUGAACGCUGGCGAUGGCGGUGGUGGUGGUGGUGGUGGUAAUAAUAAUGCUAAUGAAACCCCGGUUACACCAAACUCCUCCAUCUCCUCCUCCUCCACCGAAGCCGCCGGCGACGAGGACUCCAACAAGGCUUCAAAGCGAGAUAAGCAAGCCGUGGAUGCUUCAGAAGAUGGAGAAGAUAAGAAAGAGACCAAGGGAAAGAAGAAGGCGGAGAAGAAGCAACGGCAGCCGCGGUUCGCCUUCAUGACAAAGAGUGAAGUGGAUCAUCUUGAAGAUGGAUAUAGAUGGAGAAAAUAUGGACAAAAAGCUGUCAAGAAUAGUCCUUAUCCAAGAAGCUAUUACAGGUGCACAAGUCAAAAAUGUCCGGUCAAGAAACGUGUGGAGAGAUCAUACCAAGACCCUUCCAUUGUUAUCACAACCUACGAGGGGCAACACAACCACCACAUUCCCACCAAUCUCCGGGGAACCAUCGCCGGAAUGCUGCCGCCGUCGCUGCUAACUCCCUCGCCGCUGCUAGCCGGCGGACCUCCGCAGCAAAUCUCCUUUCCCCCGGAGCUCUUGGCCCAAAUGACGCCGCCCCACCACCUCUUCGCCGCCCAUGCAAACCCCUUCGCCGGCGCCGGCGCCGGCGCCUUCCACCCACAAAACCUAGCCCAGUUGCAGCUGCCGCCGGACUUCGGGCUGCUUCAAGAUAUGGUUCCGUUCUUCAAGCAAGAGCCAUGAGAGUUGAGACUUUUUCCUCUCUAAAUUUAAAUCUCUUUUUUAUCUAUAAUUAUUAUAUAUAUCUUUCUUUUAUUAUUCUUUUUUGACUUUCUUUCCUAUUAGAUCUUCUUACAUACUAAUAGUUUGUGAUAUACAGAUCAAUGUAAAAUAUAUAUAUAUGCCUAAUGCAUGCAUCGCAUAAAUGUACUAUUGUUUUGGAUAAUCACAAUAUCUAAUUCCAUGCUUA